AUGUCUCACCGAAUAGUGGCCGAGUCGCACAUGGAGAUGACCCAGAUGUGGCAACGUGCCAAGGCUCCCGAUCUACUACUGGACAACCAACAGCCCUAUUCAGAUAUACAAAAGAUGUGGGCAUUCCACACAAAAAAUCCUGAUUUCACCAGAGUUGAGGCUGUCUUAAACUCAGAAGGUGGUAAAAUCACCAUGUUUAACACGGAUCUCGCCACGCUGAUGCCGGACCAGUGGCUAAAUGAUAAAGUCAUCGAUGGGUACUUGACAAUCACCAUAAAAGAGGCCCAAGCCAAGAAGUAUCAUGCCAUGAAUUGUGUGACUGUUGGCCAGAUUUUUCAAGGAAUUUACAGGAGUCUGUCUGUUAAACAUAAGAACAUGAUGCUCUCUACGCACAACAGAACUCUCUGCCCAGUUAACACUGGAGGAUGUCACUGGUUGUUGGUGGUAUGCAACUAUUACAGCUUUAUGUCUGCUAAUUGA